CACGCACGCGCGCGCACGCACACACAGUCCGGGUGACUCCAGAGGCGAAGAGGUGGUGAUAUUCAUGGGAGCACGACGACACGCACGCACGCACGCACACACACUCCAACCUCACACACUCUUUUCUCACUUGGAUUUGGAGCUCAGCUUCAGCAGCGCUGUGCUCCUCAGUGGAGGAGGAAUUAGGAAUUAUGUUUGCUUGAUGUGGAAGAAACUUGUGCACUUUUUGAACCUGGUCAUUAUGAGGAGCUAUCAAGGCUUGCUUCGCACUUAGGAGAGACAGGAUGACGUCUUAGUACAUUUCUGAAGCAGAGUUUUUUUGGGGGGGGUGAUAUUUGCGACUAUUUUUUUAUUUUUUUUUUUGCUCGAGACGUCACUUUUUGUCACACCAUUCAAACUUUCUACACCCCAAAUGGAGCGCACCGGCUUAGCUGUCGUGAUGUUUUUAGCGGUUGCGCUGGUGGGUGAUGCCCACACGGACUCAACAGGUGGGAGGAAAGAGACUGCAGGAAAGGCGAUUUGGGAGCACUCGCAAGGUGGACCACAUGAUGCUGGCGAAAGCCCGCCAGAGACCACCCAUACCCGGCUCUCCAGGAGCACCACGCCGCAGGGUGAUGGCAGCAGGGGUCUAACUAAAGCAGGUGGUGCAGAGCUCCCCUCUGCCCAGCGGACCAGCAGACACUCAAGCAGCCUGACCCCCUCACAGACCAGGACCAGAGUGAACCGUAGGCAGAGCAGCAAGUCCAGCAGCAGCACAAGACGACUUGUUGGGCCCAAUGUGUGCGGAGGUCAGCAGUGCUGCUCCGGCUGGGCUGUGGCACCAGGAACCAAUCGCUGCAUCAAACCUGACUGCCAGCCACCCUGCCAGAACCGCGGCUCCUGCAGCCGGCCGCAUACCUGCGUGUGCCGCUCGGGUUUCCAGGGGCCCCGCUGUGAGGAGGUGGCUCCCGAGCAGGUGUACAUCCACGACAGAGGGACCUUGAGGCGUGUCCAGCCGGGCAGCAACCCUUUCCAGAGAGACCAACCGCGGAGACGGCCUGCGGAAAGGCAAGCCGUUGAUAUCGCCAAAGUUCAGACCCCGCGACCUGCGACCACCAGGCAGCCGGUCCACACUGUGACCCAAGUGAGAAGGGGACCCCCUGACUCCUCCCCUCAGCUGACCGGGACCUCCCGUACUGUGAAGCGUUAUCCGUCAUCCUCUGGGCCUAUCACCUCCAAUGCUCUGCCCAACGGCAACACCCACGGAAAUGAGCACAGGAAUUCACAUGGACACAGACAUGGACAUGACAGCGUACACUAUUUGAACGCUCACAGGCCAACCAGUGACAAUCAGCUGCAUGGACAAUUCAACAAUGCAUUAUCACCAGCAGGGGCCAACCUCACGUCCAACCUGGAUCGCAUAAAGAUUGUCUUCACGCCCACCAUGUGCCGCAAGGUGUGCAGUGGUGGGCACUGCUACAACAACUGUGAGAAAGGUGACGUGACCACUGUCUACAGUGAGACCUCGCAGCAGCAGCAGCAGCAACAACCAAAGACGCCAGGCUUCAGACUCUUCUUUUGUCAGAUCCCUUGUCAUAAUGGAGGCCGUUGCAUUGGCAGGGACCAAUGUUGGUGUCCGUCCAACUCAACCGGGAAGUUUUGCCACUUGCCAGCUCAGUCUCAUGCCAAGCCCACCACUCAGAAAGAAUCCAGGAACUCAGGACCAAAAUCUCCCCUGCACUCCACUUACACUCUUCCGCUGUCCAAUCAGCAAGUGUCGCUCCACCCAUCCUUGGUCAACGUCCACAUCCAGCACCCUCCAGAGGCAAAGGUCCGCAUCCACCAAGUGGCUCGUGUUCAACCAGGUCAUAGAUUGCCCACCACAGAGGGGGUUCACUCUGUCCAGCAGCGCUCUCAGCCUGGCAAUGGCCACGAGCUAGCUGUCGAGCACAGCAGCCGACACAACGGACACCACAAUGACCACGCCAGAUCACUUAACCGUCAGAAUGGACACGUGGGAAGAUGCUUUCAGGAGACGGUUGAUGGACAGUGUGGCAAGCCUCUGCCAGGCCUAACCAAACAGGAUGAUUGCUGUGGAAGUGUGGGGGCCUCUUGGGGUCUGACCAAGUGCCACAAGUGUCCAACUAAGCCAGCAUAUGCAGUGAUUGCAAAUGGACAAGUGGAAUGUCCUGCAGGCUACAAAAGAAUGAAUGUCACACACUGUCAAGAUAUCAAUGAGUGCCUCCUGCCCGGAAUCUGUAAGAAUGCAGAGUGUCUCAACACCAAGGGAAGCUACAGAUGCACGUGUAAACCAGGCUACAUGUUAGACCCUGCUAGAAGCCACUGUGUCUCGGACAAGGCCGUUUCAGACCAGAGGGCGUUUUGCUACCGUUGGGUGACAGCAGGCACAUGCUCGUUGCCCCUUUCUCAGCACAUCACCAAGCAGAUCUGUUGCUGCAGCGGCGUGGGCAAAGCUUGGGGAGAUGGCUGUGAUCGUUGCCCUUUGCCCGGAUCUGAUCAUUUUAAGGAGAUCUGCCCGGCUGGUCACGGAUAUACCUACUCCCGCUCUGAUGUGCAGAUCUCUCUACGACAAUUGGAGGAAGAUGAUCUUCAGAGUACUGGAUUGUCUUGGGAAGAGCAGAACCCCACAUAUUCUCAGCUGCCGUCCUCCCAGCCAUCAGUGCAAAGGCCUGGCGGGGCUCAAUAUCCCGUCUACCCACAGACUCCUCAAAUACCACAAUGGUCUGAGUACCCAGAGUCACCACAAUCUCCUCUGCACCCUAUCAUGCCUCAGCAGCCCAUCCCAUCACAUCCCUUCAUCCCAGCCAGAGAAACACCUCGACAGCCUGAAGAUGUGGAAAUUCCAAGACCGCCACCUGCUGUGACGGACUCACCAUUGAAAAAUCCAGAAGUUGCUCCAGACUCUCCAGACAAGCCUGAUCCAAAGGAAACAAUUCCCACAGACGCAGGUGUUGACAAGUGCGUCACCACACCUUCCAUAUGUGGCCAUGGGAAAUGUGUUUCUGUGCAGACUGGCUACACCUGCCAAUGUGAGCUGGGAUUCAAGCUCAGUGCUCUGCAGACCACCUGCAUUGAUGUGAAUGAGUGCGAGGGUGAUCCAUGUGAAGGAAAGGGCAGUUGUUCAAACAACUAUGGCUCUUACACUUGUCAGUGCUACAGCGGCUACAGCCAGGUGAUCACAGAGAACAGGAAAUUCUGUCAAGACAUUAAUGAGUGCAGUAUGCCCAACAAGUGUCAGAAUGGCCAAUGUGCCAACACAGAAGGCUCUUUUACGUGCGAAUGUAACAGUGGCUUUGCCAAGUCCUGGAGAGGCCAAUGUGAAGAUAUAGAUGAGUGCCAAGAUCCCAGCUCCUGUCCCAGCGGUGCCUGUGUCAAUACUGUGGGCUCCUUCCAAUGCCAGGUCUGCAGCCCAGGCUUCAGGCCGAUCAGUGAUAGAUGCGUGGACGUAAACGAGUGCUUGAACCAAAACAUAUGCGGCCGUGGAAGGUGUGUCAACACUGAGGGCUCCUACAGAUGCAACUGUUUCCAGGGAUACCAACUCGCACUGGACAACGUAUGCCAAGAUGUGAAUGAGUGUUUGCUUCCGGGGGUCUGUCUCCACGGCCGUUGUGUCAAUCUAGAAGGAACUCACAGAUGCACUUGUGGCCAUGGUUACCAAGUCACUUCAGAUAGCAAAGCCUGUGAAGAUAUCAAUGAGUGUGUAACUAGUAAGAAGUGUCCUGAAGGAAUCUGCAUCAACACUCCUGGUUCCUACACAUGCCAGAGUUGCGAAACAGGGUUUCAACCAUCUGGUGAUGGGCUGAGAUGUGAAGAUGUGGACGAGUGUGCACAGGGUGACUGGUGUCUCGGUGGCGUGUGCGCCAACACAGCAGGGUCGUACACCUGCACCAGAUGUAAGGCCGGUUACAGAGUGUCUCAGGAUCGACGGAGGUGUGAAGAUAUUGACGAGUGCCAGUCCCUGUCGACAUGUGCCAAUGGAAUCUGUCUAAACUCAGAGGGCUCCUACACCUGCGAGAACUGCCCCACAGGGUACAGAGUGUCAUAUGACGGAGAGCUCUGUGAAGACGUUGACGAAUGUGCGCUGCCCACUACAUGCCCCCAGGGAACAUGUACAAACACAGAGGGUUCCUUCACAUGUGUCAGCUGUCAACCCGGUUUCACAAUCUCUGUGGAUGGACGGCAGUGUGAUGAUGUGGAUGAAUGCUUGGCAGUUAACGUGUGCCCGGGCCAGCUAUGCUCAAACACCCUGGGAUCUUAUACCUGCAGGAGCUGUGGAACCGGAAUGCAACUGUCUGAGGACGGUUAUGGCUGUGAGGAUAUAAAUGAGUGCCAGACCCCAGGUGUGUGUCCCACAGGCAUUUGCACCAACACAGAGGGAUCCUUCUCCUGUAUGGCCUGUGAUCCCGGCUUCACUUUGGCACCAAAUGGUCUCUCGUGUGAAGAUAUGAAUGAAUGUGAUGACACAGGCCUAUGUGUGGGAGGUCAGUGCACCAACACCAUUGGAUCCUACAGUUGCUCCUGCCCUGCUGGGCUGGAGAUGAUCGAUGGGACCUCUUGCAGAGAUAUCGACGAGUGUUUGACCGUGGUGGGAAUAUGUGGAGAAGGACAGUGUCUGAAUAGUCAAGGAUCCUACAUGUGUGUCUGCCCUGACGGAUAUGACACCCUUGAGGGGCAGACUGGGUGCCAAGAUGUUGACGAGUGCAGAAAAGACAACGUGUGCGUCCGGGGCCAAUGCGUCAACACUGAUGGCUCUUUCAUAUGCUUAUGCGAAGCUGGCUUCAAGUACAGUGAGGACACUGCGGAUUGUGAAGACCUGAAUGAGUGCAAAGAGUUUGGAAGCUCAGUGUGUGGUACCUGGCGCUGUGAGAACACUAUUGGCUCCUACCGCUGCUUUAUGGGCUGCCAGCCUGGCCUUGAGGGAGAAGACGCCACAGACUGCGAUGUAGACGAGUGCCUCAACGAAACCAUCUGCGGGAGCCACGGCUUUUGCGAGAACACCGACGGCUCCUACCGCUGCCAGUGCGAUCGAGGCUACACAAACCCACACGGAGACCCCAGCAAAUGUGUCGACGUAAAUGAGUGUGAGAUGAGCUUGGCGCUGUGCGGAGAGGCCCUGUGUGAGAACUUCGAUGGCAGCUUCCUGUGCAUCUGCCCCAACGACAAUGAGGAAUUUGAUCCCAUCACCAGCCGGUGCCGCUCCCUGGCUGGUACCGACUCAAAAGCCCCUUCUCCUGCGGCCCCUACAACUGAGGAGAGGAAGGAGUGUUACUACAAUGUAAACGACGCCAAUUUUUGUGACAACGUCUUGUCUCGCAACACCACAAAGCAGGAGUGCUGCUGCACUGUGGGCGCCGGCUGGGGCGACAACUGUGAGAUUCACGCUUGUCCCACUCCAGGAGGAGAUGACCAUCACCAGUUGUGCCCUCAUGGCAGCGGAUCAAUACCCCUGCCUGCUUCCUCUACUCAAAGUCUGGCCGAACAGCGACUCUACAUCGAUGCUAAUGAAUGUGAAAUGUUUGGAUCAGACAUUUGUAAGAAUGGACAGUGUGUAAACCUCUUCUCCUCUUACACCUGCUACUGUCGCUCUGGAUUCUACUAUGACAAUGUCAGGCUCGAGUGUGUUGAUUAUGACGAAUGUGAAUUUGUAAAUUCCUGCAUGGAUGGCGUGUGCGUGAACACAGCGGGCUCUUUCAACUGUUUCUGUAGUCCACCAUUAGUCCUGGACAGCUCCCGGCGGCGUUGCAUAAGCGUCAACACAACAGAAGAAACUGUGGAGUCUAACCCCGAUGUGCACAUGGACAUCUGCUGGCAGCGACUGGAGGGAGACAACAUGUGUUCAGAACCCCUCCAGGGCCGCAGAACUACAUACACUGAGUGCUGCUGCUUGUAUGGAAUCGCCUGGAGUGGACAGUGUGCCUUUUGUCCAAGGAGGGAUUCAGAGGACUAUGCAGUCAUGUGCAACCUGCCUCUGAGAGGAGGUUCAGACAGUUUGCGAGAGCGUCCGGGUUAUGAAUACGGCAUUGAUGGGCCUGAAGAUCCUGCCGAGCCUUAUGUUCCUCCUUACUGGGACAACUACGGUGGACCCGCUGGACCGUACGACAUCCCAGAGAGCGUCCCUCUGUUUAACGACAACGACUACAGCAUUCGACAGCCACCUCCCCGACUCCCCAUGUAUCGACCUCGCGAGCACCAGCCACGGCCAGUGGAUCCCCACUCUGAGCGCUACGAGGGCUUUGAAGGUCUCCAAGCAGAAGAAUGCGGCAUCCUGAAUGGCUGUGAGAACGGACGCUGCGUUCGUGUAAGGGAAGGCUACACCUGCGACUGCUUCGACGGCUACGAGCUGGACCUCAAUAAGAUGGCCUGCAUAGACAUAAACGAGUGUGAGGACAUCAGUGACAAGGUGCCGUUGUGUCAGAACGGCCAGUGCACCAACACGGAAGGAUCCUACAAGUGCAACUGUUUGCCCGGCUUUGUGGCCUCGGCCAAGCCCCACAAAUGCAUCCCAGCCAUUCCAGAGGCAGAGCUUAGAGAAUCAGGAAACUGAGAUGACGACUGAUUAGCGCUGAUUUUAUUUGAAUUUUUACCUGCUUCUUCGAAGUUGACCUUUCACCCUAUGUGGCCUUCUUCCCCCUAAGGGCCCGGCACUAAACCUGCUACAAAAUAACCCUGAAACGUCCAGAACAGAACACACUAAUUAUCCGUCAUACACAUAUAAGAGGAGUGUGCAGUGACUAGAUGACAUUAAAUGCUUCACCUGUUAAAGGGAUUUUGUGGACUGGGCUGGGCUUUUCAUUCACUAACCCUCUUGGCAAUUUGAUAUAUUUUCCAUUUCAUUUUCUCUGUUUUUGUGUUAUUUAUUUCAGGCCUUUGGAGGGCACGAUUGCUUCCUAUAUUUUUCUUCAUUUGAUUGCCACAAGUACAGAAAUGUCAUAAAAUUUCCUACAGUCAAAUUCACCACGUCAGCAUCGCUUCUUUUUGCCCCUCACAAAGUCAUUCAAAACCGAUUGCUUCUCUAUUAAUCAGCAUUCAAAUCCUUAGAACAGCAACGUGUUGAAUGUGUGGACCAAGAGCUGGGACGACAAUGAAUACAACCAAACUUUUCAAAAUAAAGGCUUCAGCCGCUACCUUUUAAAGACUAUAGAUGUAUAUGAGGAUCUGAUUAUGUAAUGUUUUUUAAUGUAAAGGUGCAAUACUUGCCACUUUUCCUAAAAAAAAAAAAAAAAUCAAUCUAACAGUAUUAACUUAUUUUAUUUUUUGACAAAGUAGCAAUGUGUGUUGCUACAUUUUAAUGUCUAAAAUAACACCCGAUGCGUUUAUGUACACUUCUUAAUCAAAUGAUUCAUUCCUGUGUGCAUCUCUGAAUGCAAGACAAAGGCUCCUCUGGAGAGGUUUGGUAUAUUUUGUACAGCUCUAGUACGAUGUAUUAUUAUUUUUGUUAAAUAUCCUUUCAAUGCAUCAUACAUAGCACAACCAAUAUUUUUGUUUGACAUAAAAUAUGCAAAACAUGAAAAAAAAACUGACAUCAUAGCUUUGUAGAUUUAUAUGUGUCUGUAAAAAAAAAAUAUUUUUUAAAGCAAAUCUUUUAAUGUGUGAGGAGAGCGGCUGACACUGUACCAGAGGAACUGCGUGUAUAACCUGCCCUGUGGAGCAGAAUAUUAAAUAUAUAUAUUUUUUUGGAAGUGGCAGCACUGUUCUAAUCUAAUAGCAGACAUGUUUCAUUUCAUUACAAAGACGAUGCGUUUGAAAUGUAAGCACCAGCUACACCUGUGGAUAAAGAUGAUUCAUUGGCAACAUAAUGUCAUGGAUGUAUCAUAAUACACAGCCUCGGCCUGCUUUGCUUUCUUUUUUUCAACUUUUUCUUUUCAGGUUGGAUUCAAUCAUUUGUUUAAUGGGCACCUGGCAAAGCACGCAAUCAUGACAGCAGAACACUAAUAUACUGUAAAGUCUAAUUUAACCUACAUUAAUGAACUAUAAACCCUGCGACUGUACAAAUGUUUCCAUGCGAUGUGCACUGUACUCUAACUGUGCUGCUCUAAUUAUCACCUGAACCAGACAGGAAGUCCAACAUUUGGGCCAAAGUUGGAACAGUUGAGGCCCUAUAAAAUCCCAAAUGACUUAAUGAUGAUGUUUUGUUGUAAUGAUGUGGUCAUUGGAAAUAUCAUGCUCAUUCAUUUUGUUUACCUCUUGACUGUAAUCACUGUCAGUCAUCCAAAUAAAAACGUAAAAAAUACAUUGUGAAUCUGU